AUGUCUGAACGUCUUUUAGAUUUCUCUAUUUCUUAAGAUUCACUUACAUUAAUACAUACAAGAAAUCGACAUUACAAUUAUAUAAUGGGUAGCAUUAUAUUAAAUUCAAUUACUCUAUUAGCAUUCAGCAUAAUAUAAGGAUACAUCUUAAGAAGUCAUUAAGAUUGGGAUGCUAUAACAGUAUUAAUUGUUGCAUGUUUUUAUUAUAUUGAUUUUUAGGCAUUACUAUUAUAUUAGAAGGAUUAAGUCUAUUACAAGUAUUCCAUAUGCAGACGUAAAAAUUAAUAAUAACAACUACUGUGUAAAUAUAAUUAUUUAUUUUAGAAUAAUAUUUACUGAGACUUUAAUAUUAGCAAUAUCAAUUUAUCAAACAACAACAGAAGAAUUUGAACAUGAUUCAAAAUUUGAGAUAACAGUUUAAGUUGUUGCAAUCCUUUUAUUUUUCGUAAUAGCUAUUAUAAAAUUACUAUUGGUUAUUCAGUUAAAAAAGAUUUUAGAUUUGACAAAAGCAACAAAUUUAAUAAAAGAAGGAAUUAGGAGUAAGUAGGCAUAUGAAAAUUUUUCAAAAACUUUAAAAUGA